UGCCGCUACUCCAGUGCGUACUUCUUCGACCCGUCGCCUCCCCCGCACCUCGCUCCAGGCAUGGAGAGGACUCCCGGUCCCGACCGCGGGCGGACACUGUCCCGCGCGCUCUGCGCACACGCCUGUCCGGACAGCAGCUGGGGCUCGGACCGCCGCGCGCCAUGGAGCCCGCCGGGUCUGUGCUGGGGCUUCUCCUCCUGGCCCUGGUCGCGCCGCGGGGCGGUGCAUGGGCAGCGGUUCCUGCUGGGACUCAGGACGAUGCACCCUCUAUUUGCCCUAUAUUCAUUGUCUCUGCCAGUGGACCACCAUGGUGUGAGUUUCUUGGCAUGAUCAGUGGGACCCCAUUUUUUAAAUAUUCUUGCAAGAGUCAGACGGCCGAGCCGGUCGGUCCUGUGGGGAUGAUGCUGAAUGCCACAGAGGCCUGGAACCAACAGUGUGAACACUGGACGGAGCUGUUCCCUGAGCUCCAGAUCGCACUGCUGGACAAUCAAAAAAAUAUUGACGAAGCCUUUGGGAGAGAUUCUCUUGCCCUGCAGGGCAGCAUGAUGUGUGAGCAGGAAUCCAAUGGAUGCCGCAAAACAUUCUGGGAGUUUGGCUUCAAAGGAGAGAUGUGUCUCCGCUUUGACUCGAAGAACAGACGCUGGGCAGAGUUGCACCCUGGAUGUAGUUCGUUGAAAGACACACUGGACGAUAACAGUGAUAUAUCCAGACGCCUUGGUUGGAUCUCAAAUGGAAAUUGUGUGAAGUUGCUUAAGCAGAGCACAGUUCUGAACACAAAAGCUGCAUCAAUCAUGGCCACAGCUACGGUCCCAGCCCCAGCCCCAUCCAAGGCCGUGAUUGUCAAGGACAACAUCGCAUUGGUCCUCACACCGAUUUUUAUCUUACUCACACUUGGCAUCUAGGCUGGAUCCAUUACAGAAGAUGCUGCUCAGGAGCUCCAGAGAGUGUGGUCUAGUCCUACAUGUGUCCCUUCCUGUCAGCCACCUUGCUGUCAUCUCCAGCUGCUGGAGCCUCCAGGGCCUGUUGACUUCCAGGAGCUGCAGCCCUUACAGCCUCCAGGAGACCGUGGUGCUACAGCAGAUGAAACAUUCCUGUCAUCUACUCCAUGGAAGUGGCCUGGAAGUAAUUUACUUAGUAGCAUAUUACAUGCCCUGUGGUGUCUGGGCUAAUAGGAAAGCUAUUACACUACGCCUGUGUAGAGUGUUUA